AUGCCUCACGCCAGAGUCCCCGUCUUUGGCGGCAGCUCAAAACCUACCCUGGAAAUAAAACCCAACUCGCCUUUCGUCGUCUUCUAUGGAGAGCCCUCUGAGUCCCAGCCCACCGAUCUGGCUGGCAAGCUGGUCCUCAGCAAUCCAGAGUCAAUGUCUGUCAAAGGCAUCAAGAUGACCCUCAUUGGCAUGAGGAGAAUUGCUUGGCAUACUUCCAAUACCGUCACCCCUCAGCCUAUCAUGAACAAGUGCGAAUUCAUGCGCGAGACCUUGAACCUCUUCCCCGCCGACGGCAACAAGAACAAACCUCACAAAAUCAACGCUGGCUAUCAUGAGUGGGACUUCAAAUUCACCCUCCCCGGUAACACGGACGAGAGUGUCGAAGGCAUCAGCACCAAUUGGAUUGUCUACAACCUCAGCGCCACCGUCGACCGAGGCUACAUGAGCAAGCAAUUGACUGCGAACCAACACAUUCGCAUUAUCAGGACCCUCGGUCGCGAUCUCCUCGAGACGGUGCCAAUGGAACAGAUCAACGAAGAUAUCUGGGCAUCGAAGCUGGCCUACAAGAUCACCAUCCCCCAAAAGAACUACAUCGUCGGCACCGCCGUAAGGGCCGAUUUCAUCCUCGUGCCCCUGCGCAAGGGCGUCGCCAUUGCCACAAUAAAGAUGGAACUACUCGAGACGCGCCAGAUGUUCAUCAACUACGCCGGUCGCAGAGUCAGCCAUACCCAGGAAGUCGUCAUCUGCCAGAAGGAGGGCAACAUGCCAGAAAACUCCGCACGCCUCGUCCCCGAGGGUGUCGAGAACGUUGAUGAGCUCUUCGAUGAGUCGCAUCGCUUCUCCAUGUCCCUCGAUCUUCCCAAGUCGCUCAAGAACUGCAGGCAGUCGGUCGACACCGAGUGGUUACGCGUGACUCACAAGGUGCGCCUGUAUGUCAACCUGCACAAUCCCGAGGGCCAUACCAGCCAGCUUCUCGUGAAGAACCACAUCCACCUGUUCAUUUCGCCCAAUCUCCCUCCGAACGAAGACCAGAGCGUGGUCGUAGAUCACAAUGUGAUCAACUCUGUAGCCAUGCAGGACGAGGCCAAUCGCAAUGCCCCUCCUACGUAUGGCCUACACCAGAUGGACGAGCUCUACCACGAUAUCGACCCCAGUGGUUUCAUGACCCCCGGCGGUCUGCGCAGUCUGGGCACUAGCGGAGCCAACACACCAUUCUACGCACAGAGUCGAACAGGUUCGGCCGAGGAUCUUGCUUCGCUUGACGCAGUUGCCAAUCAGAAUGGCGGCGGGGCGUCUGCGACUGCCUUGCAGCACCGACUCCAAAACCUCAGUCUGAACCAGCACAGCUAUUCGUCUGGUCGCUAUGCCCCUGGCCGACAACAUUCGUCCGGUGGAAGCACACCGCACAAUGGCGCAGUCCAGGCCGAAUCAUCAGGCAGUUAUUUUGGGAAUGUCACGAGCGGUGCCGACUACGAGUACGACAUGGAUGCUCUCACCAGAACCCCCUCGUACAACACUGCUGUGCGUACGCCGGCUGCUGAGACUCCCAUCUCCGAGGUGUUGCCAACCUACGAUUUUGCUACUUCCAGGCCCUCCAGCCCAUCGGGACAGAGAUCAGGACGCGGAUCAGGCCAGGCGAGCCCCGCCCGAGGUGGACUGGACCCUCUGCAGGAGGAGACGCAGCGGAAUACAGAAAUGAACUCGCGCCGAGCGAGUCCUCGAUUGAGCCCGAGGACCAGCGACGAGGAAGGAAGGUAA